ACACCCCUUACUCGUCUAGAGCUUAUGUUCCAACCCCCCUUUUCGCUAAAAGAAAAAAAAAACUUGCUCCCUUUAUAAACGAAAGUGCGCGCUGAGCUUUUUACAACAAUCCGCUAUUCGCAUUAUUGUUGCUCUGCGUAUGCUUAGGGCAUUUGUCGUUCUACCUUUAUCUGACUAAAUUAUAAUUUAUAGUACAUAAAUCCGUGGAUCAGUACUUCAUGUAAAACCUGGCGGUUGUAUUCGCUCGUCGUCAAUCGCUGUUGUUUCUGUGCUUUGUAUCCCUGUAGAGGGGCUUCACCCUCGUGGUCCCUGCCAGCAGUGCGACAUACUGACGUGUAUAGUGCAGUGCUGAUUUUUUUGUCUCAUCUUUUGACAACUUACCUGCAGCAGCAAGCAUUAUCGUUCGCAUGAAAGUCUGGUGUGACUGGACAGAAUAAUACUCUGUUGAAUUUGUGCUUGGUGUCGGUGUGCAGGGCUAUUUCGGUGAGAGACGCUGUCGUCGGCCAAGAGUAUAAGCCGUCCUCGACUAUAGUAUUUAUUUGGCAGUGUGCUUGUGGCGGUUUUUUCCCGCUCCAUUAUAGCGGCUCGUGCCGUGACACUGACUGGGAUCGUCGAGUAACGGCACAAAUCAACGCAGGACAGUGUGUGCUGUUAUAUUCAGCAGUUUCUUCGAUUUGACGUAUGUUACUUGCUGCUGCACAUUUUGGUUAAGCCAAUUGUAUUAAAUUUUCAAGAGGUUAAUUCUGAUUUGUAAUCUUCUCGUGUGAGACAAUUGCUAAAAGAACAAGAGAAGGCAUUUGCCAGUUUCUUAACUGAAGAAACGGACAGCUUAGCUGUUCGCGGGUCCGAAGUCUCACCCUUUUCUAUAAUUUUUUGGUAAUGUAUUGAAAAUCGUUUAGGUUUUUGUCAGUAUACAAAAGCCAGUGCAUACAGUUUGUCAUUGAUCCAGUGCCUUCUUCAGAUAAAGGGAUCGAUUGAUAAUGAGCACCGGGAACAGCUACAAUGGGCGCUUGUGGUUUCUGUCAGAUCGUCGCAUUAGCUCAGACUACCCUCAGGUGGAGAUUGGCCGAGCCCUGCGUGAAAAAUGCGCCGAAGAUGACAUAGAGUACCGACAGGUGUUGAUGGAUGAGCUCGUUAUUACCAUCGAGCAUGGUGUUUUGGGUCUUCGUAUCCAUGGACAGCUGAUUACAGACUACCCUCAAGUGGUUGUGGUGAGGGUACCAACCCCUUGGGUACAGAGUGAUAGUGAUAUUACUGUAUUGCGACAUUUGGAGAAGAUGGGCUGUAGACUGAUGAACCGGCCACAGGCUAUUCUGAACUGUGUAAAUAAGUUCUGGACAUUCCAGGAGCUGGCUGGGCAUGGUGUGCCUCUUCCUGACACACUGUCUUAUGUUUGUUUACCAGGGAAGUCCAGUGAGCCAUAA